CAGCGGGCAGGCCAGCAGCCCAGAAAGGCAGCUUGGAGGCAGAUCUCGCCAGGGCAGCGCCUCUCUCUCCACCACCACCACCGCCAUGCCGCCGAUCCCCAGCAUCUACGACACGCACUGCGCCGGCGCCGGCCUGCUCGCCAGCACGCCCGUGUGGGGCGCCUUCAAGCGCUUCCGCCACCGCUACUUCAGCGACGACGCCAACGCGUUCCCCGAGCCGCCGGCGUGCGACCUCACGGGGCAGAACGUCAUCGUCUCGGGCGCCAACUCGGGCAUCGGCUUCGAAGCGGCGGCACUGUUCGCCGCGCGCGGCGCCAGCGUCGUCCUCGCCUGCCGCGCGCCGCCGCCGCACGAGCCGCACCCCGACGCCGCCAUCGACAGCAUCCUGGCGCGCCACAGGCACGUCAAGCGCGAGAACCUCGAGUGGUGGACGCUCGACUGCGGCGACAGGCAGAGCAUCCUGGCCUUUGGGCGGCGCUGGCGCGAGAGCGGGCGCACGUGCGACAUUCUGUGCAACAAUGCCGGCAGUGCCUUUGGCGCCCUCAUCCACACCAAGGACGGCGUCGAGCUGACGCGGCAGGUCAACUUCCUCUCGCACUGCCUCCUCACCUUCCUCAUCCUGCCGUCCAUGCGCAACGCCAAGGCGCCGCGCGUCGUCAACACGUGCAGCAUCUUCCACUUUGGCGGGCGCCUCGACUUCAGCAACAUGGACUACGAGCGCGCACCCAAGACGGCGCGCGGCCUCGGCGGCACGCUGAGCUACUGCGACAGCAAGCUCUGGCUGCUGAUGUGGACGCGCGAGCUGCAGAAGCGCCUCUCGCGCUCGCAGCACUACCGCCACGUCAUCGCACACGGCGUGCACCCCGGCUUCGUGAGCACCAACAUCUGGAACCAGCCGCACAUCAAGGAGCUGCCGUGGGUGCUGCAGUGGCUGCUCGUCAAGGUCAUCGGCCUCUUCUCCAUCUCGCCGCAGCAGGGCUCGCUGUGCCUCACGUACGCCGCGCUGCACCCGGCCUACGGCUUCACGCCCGCGCAGCUCGCCGAGUACCCGGCGCGCGGCGAGAGCGCCAAGAUUGGCGGCCUCUUCUUCAACCGCACCAAGCCCGGCGUCACGCGCCCCGAGGUCGACGACCCCGUCGCGACGGCGCGCCUCUUCGAGCGCGCGCUGCAGGACGUCGGCGGCAAGGAGGUCGCCGAGGACGUGCCGGGCGCCGCGCCGGGCCUGGAGUGACGUGGCAUAGACGUAGCCCGGAUCUGCUUAUGUAUGCGCAAUGGACCGCGUGCGUAGC